AUGGAGGAGAUGCUGCUGGGGAGCGGAGGUCGAUCGAUGAAGGGGUUGCUGCUGGGGAGCGGUUGCCGUUUCUUUCCGAGAAGCCCCAGGAACUUGAUCGGGAUCCGCCGAAUGGAGGGGAGGUCGAUCGAUGAAGCUAGCUUGAAGAGAUGCGGCCGUUUGUUUCCGAGAAGCCCCAGGAACUUGAUCGGGCUUCGUGGAGUGGAGAGAAGGUCGAUCGAUGGAGGAGAUGCGGCGGCCGAGCUUCGGAUCAGCCGCUGGUUCUCGAGCAGCCGCAGGUUCUCGAAACGCCUUCGUCGGAUGCGGGGAUGCAGCGGCAGAGAUGCGGAGAGAGCAGCCGCAGGUCGAUCGAUGGAGGUCGCUGGAGGAGAUGCGGCGGCAGAGCGGCGUUUGUAUGGAGUGGCGGCAGAGCUUCUCGCGGGGAUGCAGCAGGAAGAGUGGCGUUUGUAUGGAGCCAAGGUUUGA